ACAACUACAAUGGAAGCUCAAACCUUGAUCUUGUCUCUCGUCUUCUCUUUCUUCAUCUCUCUCGCGUUCUUGUUCGGAAGAAGCAUCAAUCGCAAACGCUACCUUCCAUUUCUGCGUCUGCGUCUGAUCCGCCGCGGGUCGUUCACGGACAGGGCAGACAAGCACGGCUUCUUCGACUCCGACACGGACUUCGAUCUCAAGUCGUACAUAACCCAAAAGGCUGAAUCCUUCGACAAGUCCCUCGACGAGGCCGUGCCUCUCGGGGAGCCGCUCAAGAUCCACGAGGCAAUGCGUUACGCUAUCCUCGCCGGCGGCGAAAGGGUUCCGCCGGUGCUCUGCCUCGCCGCCUGCGAGCUCGUGGGUGGCGACAUCUCCGCCGCGAUUCCGGCGGCUUGCGCGGUGGAGAUGAUCCAUACGACCUCCCUCAUAAAGGAUGACCUCCUCGGCAACGACGACCUCUGCCGCGGCAAGCCGGCGAUCCACAAAGUCUACGGAGAGAGCGUCGCCAUUUUAGCCAGCGGCGCGCUCUUCUCCUUGGCCUUCGAGCACAUAACGGCGGAGACGCCGGAUACGGUGGCUCCGGAGAGAAUUGUCAGCGCGGCGAGGGAGCUUGCGAAGCCCAUCAACGCACACAAGGCGGCGGCGUUAAUGGAAGCAGCGGCGGUCGUGGGGGCGAUAGUGGGCGGUGGAUCCGAUGAAAAGAUCGAGAAAGUUCGAAACUUUGGGAGGUGUGUCGGGUCGUUGAUUGAAGGGGCGGACGAUGUGACGAGGUCGUCGGAGAAAUGGGGGGAAAUCGCGGGAAAAGAUCUGGUCGCCGACAAGCUGACGAAUCCGAAAGUGAUGGGUCUGAAGAAGACGAAGGAAUCAGCCGAGAAAGUGAAGAGAGAAGCGCGGGAACAUCUUCAAGGGUUUGAUUCGGACAAGGUGGCUCCUUUGUUGGCUCUGGCUGAUUACAUCGCCACUAGACAUAACUGAAGUGCCUAAAUUGCAAUUAAUGUGACCCUUUUCUGAUCUCAAUGUAUUUGGACUCAAUAUAAUUUCGAAU